AAGACGGGAACAGAGGAGGAGAGGGAGGCUGCAGAUAGAGCAGAGAAUACAAAGAGCAUGUGAGUGAGUGAGUGUGUGUGUGUGUCUGCGUGUGUGUGUUACCAGCCAGCCAAUGUGUGUACGCAUGCAUGUGUGUGUGUGUGUGACAUACAGAGGUGUGUGUGUGUGUGUGUGUUUAGAAGCGAGGAGGAAACCUGAUCUCUCUCCUUCUCUCUCUGUGGAAUAACGCUCUCCGUUAGCUCCCGUCGUUACUGCUGUGAGAUUGUAGCCUAGCCCGGCCCAGUAUUGGCCCAGUACUGGCCCAGUGUUGGCCCAGUUCGGACCUGCUGGGGGUGGUGGUGGUGAUGGAGCGGUUCCUGGCACUGCUGCGCCUGCUGGGCAGGAGGAGGCGAGGGAGGAGGUACCGGGCGGAUGACGAUUACCAGGAAGGCUACGAAGACGUUUACUACUACACCAGCAAGUACAACACACACCUACUGAAUGAGGGGCCGUACACCAAACACUCUGCCGGGUCGAGACCUCCAGAUGGAGCGCUGGCCAUCAGGAGACAGAGUAUACCAGAAGAGUUUCGGGGCUGCUCGGUGGUGGAGCUGAUGAAGAAGGAGGGGACGACGCUCGGGCUGACGGUCUCAGGCGGCAUCGACAAAGAUGGGAAGCCCCGGGUUUCAAACCUGCGACAGGGAGGCAUCGCCGCCAGGAGCGACCAGCUGAACGUGGGCGACUACAUCCGAGCCGUUAACGGCAUCAACCUGGCCAAGUUCAGACACGAUGAGAUCAUCAGUCUGCUGAAGAACGUCGGGGAGCGGGUCGUCCUGGAGGUCGAGUACGAACUGCCGCCUGUCUCAGUGCAGGGCUCAGGCGUCAUGUUUAAGAACGUUGAAGUCACGCUUCACAAAGAAGGAAACAGCUUCGGCUUCGUCAUCAGAGGUGGAACCCAUGAAGACAGGAACAAGUCACGCCCGAUCGUCAUAACAACCAUCAGGCCAGGCGGUCCAGCCGACAGGGAAGGAACCGUGAAGCCGGGUGACCGGUUGCUAAGUAUCGACGGGAUUCGUCUCCAUGGCAGCACACUAGCUGAGGCCAUGAGCAUCCUGAAGCAGUGCGGGCAGGAAGCCACGCUGCUGCUCGAGUACGACGUCUCGGUGAUGGACUCUGUCGCCACGGCGUCAGGGCCGCUGCUGGUAGAGGUUGCCAAGGCGACAGGCUCCAGUCUGGGCGUGGCUCUAUCCACCUCAAUGUUCUGCAGCAAGCAGGUCAUCAUCAUCGACAAGGUCAAACCCGCCAGCAUAGCAGACAGGUGUGGGGCUCUUCACGCAGGAGAUCACAUUCUGUCUGUUGACGGGAAGUCGAUGGAGUUUUGUUCUCUGGCUGAAGCCACUCAGCUGCUCUCUGCCUCCUGUCAGACCGUCCGCAUGGAGAUCCUGCCACAACACCAGGCCCGACCGGCCCUGAACGCACCACAGCACGUCAAGGUGCAGCGUAGUCCCCGCCCCCUCCCCUGGGAGACUGGAGGCUCCGCCCCUAUCCUCCCCCCCUACCACUACAACACGUACCACCCCGACCAAUCAGCUGCCAGGUCGCACAACCGCCAUACAAACAACCCCCCUCUCAGCCACUCGUUCUCUCCCGGCUCCAUGUCGGCCUACAGUCUCUCGUCCCUCAACAUGAGCACUCUGCCCAGGAACAUGUAUCCCACGAGUCCACGGGGCACGCUGAUGAGGAGGAAGGCCAAGAAGAAGGACUUCAAGAGUUCCUUGUCGCUGGCGUCCAGCACCGUGGGUCUCGCCGGUCAGGUCGUUCACACGGAAACCACGGAGGUGACGUUGCUAGGCGAUGGCAUCAUGGGCUUUGGCCUGCAGCUGCAGGGCGGAGUCUUCGCCACGGAAACGCUCUCUUCACCGCCGCUCAUCGCUUACAUCGACCCCGACAGCCCAGCUGAGAGGUGUGGUAUCCUGCAGAUCGGCGACAGGAUUUUGUCCAUAAAUGGAGUUCCUACUGAAGACUCGACUCUGGAAGAAACCAAUCAGCUGCUCAGAGACUCGUCCAUCACGGCUCAGCUCACACUGGAGAUCGAGUUCGACGUGGCAGAGUCGGUGAUUCCCAGUUCAGGAACGUUUCACGUGAAGCUCCCGAAGAAACCCGGAGUGGAGCUGGGAAUCACCAUCAGCUCUCCGUCCAACAGGAAACCAGGUGAUCCUCUGAUCAUCUCUGACAUCAAGAAAGGCAGCGUCGCACACAGGACGGGGACGUUGGAGCUCGGAGACAAGCUGCUCGCCAUCGAUAACAUCCGCGUGGAGAACUGCUCGAUGGAGGAAGCCGUUCAGAUCCUGCAGCAGUGUGAGGAGCUCGUCAAGCUGAAGAUACGAAAAGACGAAGACAACUCAGAUGAACAGGAAGUGUCCGGCAGCAUCAUCUACACGGUGGAGCUGCAGAGGUACGGAGGCCCGCUGGGAAUCACCAUCUCAGGCACAGAGGAGCCCUUCGACCCCAUCAUCAUCUCCUCACUGAGCAAAGGAGGGCUGGCUGAGAGGACCGGUGCGAUCCAUGUAGGCGAUCGUAUCCUGGCGAUCAACAGCAGCAGUCUGAAGGGGAAACCUCUGAGCGAAGCCAUCAGCCUGCUGCAACAGGCCGGAGAGACGGUCACACUGAAGAUCAAGAAGCAGGGAGAGCUGUCGAGCCCAAAGUCCUGUGUGAUUGGUCCAGGCCUGGGGGCGGGGCUUGUCCACGAGCACCAGGACGGGGUGGACGAGCCCGUUGUCAUGGUCGCGCCUCUGUCAAGCCAGCGAGCAUUCAGCACGCUGCCGUCUGUCGACAGCGCCGUGGAGUCCUGGGACGGAUCCAACAUGGACAGCAGCUUCACCACCCCCGCUCCACCAUUUCAGUCGUCUCCGUACACUUUCCACGAGUGGCGCAACGCCAAGACAACCAACAGCCAAUCAUCUUCCUCCACCCGCCAGAGAGCCAAUCCUCUGUCAGAUCUGGGCCUGAGUGACGAUGACUGGGACCGCCCACCGCUUGGAGGAGCCUGUAAUCUGCCCAGCGGUCUAAUCACUGACAGCAGGUUCACUGUGGGUCAUGAUGGGACAGAACCAGACCAGGAGGAGAACUUCUGGUCUCAGGCUCUGGAGGAUCUGGAGACCUGUGGGCAGAGCGGCAUCCUCAGAGAGCUGGAGGAGUCUGGACAGGAAACGCACCUCCUCACUCUGGCAACCAUCAUGUCAGGCUCCACUCUCAGUCUGAACCAUGACCCCACCCCCCUACGCAGCACACUGGGACGCCAGGCAAGCUUCCAGGAACGCAGUAACUCCAAACCACAGGUGACCCCUCGGUCCAACACCUUGCCCUCUGACCCGCAGCGUCGAGCCUUUGCCAUGAGGAAGAUGAGGCAGGAAGUCAAUGAGAUCCUAAAUCAGAACCCUGUGGAACUCCACAAGCUGACUCUCGAGAAGGCCUCAGAUCUGGAAGAUUUUGGUUUCAGUGUGUCUGAUGGUAUGUUGGACCGUGGCGUCUACGUCAACAACAUCCGACCGGGAGGCCCAGCAGAGCGGGGCGGCCUCCAAGCCUAUGACCGGAUACUACAGAUUAACCACGUGCGCACCAGGGACUUUGACUGCUGCCUCGUUGUUCCACUGAUCGCCGAGUCUCCAAACCACCUCGAGCUUGUUAUCAGCCGAAACCCCACCUCCUCCACCACCCUGCUGGCCAAUCACACUGACGGUACAACCAACAGCAGCCACUCCCCUCAGCAAAUCGGUAGUGAGCUGGGACCAUCGGAGCUCUCCACUGGCCAGGGAGAGGAUGGUGGUCCAAUCAAGUGGAGCCAACCAGGAGAAGGGUUGGGGGCGGGGCUUGGGAUGGGUCAGGUGAAUAAUAAUUCCUUAUAGCAGACAAAAAGUGGAUAAAACUGGAUUAAACCGGUUCUAAUCAAACUGGACUGGAGAGGUCAACAAGGAGAACAAUACAGCAAAGUUGAAUUAAACUGGUUUAGACCCGUCCGAACUGGUUCAGAGUGGACGCCCCAUGGUGCUACAAACACCCUCUGGAUGAACUUUGACCACUAAAGUUUGACCUUUGAACUGCUGAAGCAGCCUGAAAGCACACUGAUGGACCGGAGUAACUCUUCACCUUUUCACUUGAACCAGUUCUGCAUACUGGUCCUACUGGUGUCACUGGAACCAGAACUAUAACUACUGAUCCUACUGGAACCACAGCCAGAUCUACUGGUUUAUUGGGCUGGGAAUUAAUGGGUACUGGUUCAACUUGCCCAGAGCCAUGGCUACUGAUUCUAUUGAAGCUAGAGCCACAGUCAGUGGUUUUACUGGUUUAAGAUUAAUGGUUACUGGUUCUACAAGCCUAGAAUUGCUGAAGCCAGAGCCACUGGUCUUACUGGUAAAAGACAUAGGUUCUGGUCUAAGUGGUUAGAGAAUCAAGGCUACUGAUUCCCCUGAAACCAGAGCCAUAGCUAGUGAUCUUACUGGUCCAAGACACAUGGGCUCUGGUCUUAGUGGUUACAGAGCCAUGGUCCCAAUGAAGCCACAGCUAAUGGUCUUACUGGUUUAAGACAUGUGGGUUCUUGUCUUAGUGGUGACAGAACCAUGGGUACUGGUCCAACUGAAGCUUGAGCCACAGCCACCAGUCCAACACAUGGUUCUUGUUCAUAGUUGUAAUGGUCAUAGAAUUGUGGGUACUAAGACAGAACCUUCACCAGUGAUUCUGCGAGUCCAGAACUGAGGCUCCAGGUCCAUCUGGUGUUACGAGAAUCACAACCAUGGCUUUUGGUUGUACUGGCCAAGGACCUCAGCAGCACAAAGACUGAUGGGACUCCAGAAUCUAGAACCUGCUGAUGGACAAACAGUCCAAUGUCUAGUAAACUAGGGAUGCUCCGAUCAGCCUGUAGAGGGUCGAUGUCUUUGUCCAAACUGAUACUGAUCACUGACUGGUUUCUGUUCUUAAACACUGAAUUAUGUCAAAGUCUUAACCUUGAUAUUCCUCACGUUAUGGUUAGAAGUACCUUUAUUGGUACAGAGGGUUGGGUCAGGCAGAAGAUUAAUUAAAGAUUAGACGUGGAUGGUGUUUGGUAAGGAUUUGGUGUAGUUCAGGUGAGGAUAAGAAUUUAUAGAAUCCAUAAAAUCACAAAUAGAUGUAGCUGCUUGAGUUUAAUUCUGACAUGUGAGGUACUCCUCAGAUGUACAAAAAAAUGAAAUCCUCCAUAAAAUAACCCAAAAAUCCCAAUUAGCUUGUAGCAUGCUAUCAGACUAGCACCAUUGUGCAUUUUUGAGUCAACAUGGCAAAAAGUCUUUAAAUUGCUUAGAAAAAGUGAGAACUUGGAAUUUAUUCCAUGACAACUGGGCAAACUAAGUUUAAUCACAAAAAAAAAACAGCUACUAAAUGGACGUUGUAAAAUUGUUUUCGAAACAUAAUUUUAGGCUGGAUUCCUGUUAAAAAAACAUGUUCAUAUAUCUCAAACUAAAGGUUGUUUUUUAUGGCGCUAGUAUCCACCUUAUUCCUAGCCCCAAUAAUACCAAUGCGUGAAUCAUGGGCACAACUUCUUGAGUUGAGUGGAACUGGCUUUUUCCAGUGGUAACGAUAAGCUAAUGGUACGCUAAUCCUCUUUCCUGACAUGAUAACGUGAUCAUAUCUCUGUUAUCUCAAAGCAGUCAUUGUUUUCUUUUUUAACCAAACAUGUUAGCGAUUGGCUUGCCUUGCUACGUUAACAUGUUUCAUAUAACAGAACCGGAGCUAGCAUACAGUAACAUCUACUUCAAUAACAGAUGCGGUGAACAUUUAACAUAAUUCAAUAUUAACUUUAGCUCCACGUAAAUGUAUAUAUAAUACAUGUAUAUAAUGUAUAACAUGAUGUUUAACAGCCAACGCUCCACUCCUCUGCCUUAACGACAUAGUUGACACAUUUUUAUAGCUGCUGAUUUAUUAAAUCAGAGUUCUACUGAGAGAAAUAUAACAUCGAAUUUAGCAGCAGACUGUCGUUCUAGGUGUCAUUCUUUCCCGCAAAUUCUAAUUUAAUACUUCUCCGCUCUCGAAACUCUUUUGGUUUUAUUCUUGUGUCAUUCCAAUCGUGUGCUAUGUGUUAGAGAAGGGUGUGCAUGAAUAUACGGGACAAAUCACGUGCCAUAUUGAUUCAUUAAAAGGACCGUGCCUUUUAUUUUUUUGAUGCAGUGUAACUGGUAUUUUAUGGGACUGGUGUCAAACUAUUCCUCUCCGUAGGCUGGCGAUGGAAACUGUGACGGCCGUUAACACACUGCUGUUGAAACCACAAAUUUAGCUCAGUCUGGGUACAAGGACAUUUUAGCAUAAUGUUUGACGUUAGCAGCAUUUGCUAAACUGAAGGUGAACAUGAUUGGCGCUGAGGCUAACCAUAGGGUCAAUGUGACGAACUACCUUACUCACAGGAAGUUGCACCCAUUAUCAUUUCUACAGUAGCGCCCUCAAGAAUGAGGUUAAUAUACACAUUUGAAAGGAUACCCAGCCCUAACGUUGGAGAACAGGCAGCCAUGUUGGAUUCAGUUUUAAGACAUAGAUCAAGUCAAUGAUUAUCAGCUGAUACUGAUCGGAGCAUCCCUAAUGACAUGUACAGACAGACAGAGGGUUUACUGUCAAGAUUUUAGUUCUGUGCCAUGAACGAGCUGCAUACUGGAAGAGUGAUAAUAAUCAUAUUGACAAUGAUGAUGAUGAUGAUGAUGAUGAUGAUGAUGAUGACACUGAGCAGUUCAAUAAGAAUCUUUUUCUACUGUUUACACCUGUUGGACUGGCCACACUGUGUGUAUGUAUGUGUGUGUGUCUGUGUGUGUGUUUGUAUGUUAUGUGUGCGUGUUAAACACAAGGCCAGUUGAGCCCCUCCCCCUCCCCUUCCCCCUCCCCCAUUCUUCCCUCAACCAAUAGGCCGCCAGGACGACAACAGACGGCAGCUCUGAGAGAUUCAGCUGAUUGGCUGGAACCAAUCAGAAAACAAAAUCUUCCCUGCCCGUCUGUGAUUGGUUCUCUUUGACACACAAGUCGACCAAUCAGCUACCAGGAAGAAGCCAAGCAUGCCCCCACCCGACUUCCU